AUGGGAGCAUUCGAUCCGAUCAUAACGUAUGAGAAGGGUACAUACAUAGAGACCGAUACGGGUAACAAAGUAUCCAGAAAAGCAUCCAUCACAGGAGCCACCAACAUUAUACUAGGUGGCAAAUCCAUUAUUCAGACUGGAUCGAUACUACGAGGUGAUCUGAGGAGGACAACGGCAGGUCAACAUGUCGUAAUUACCAUGGGGAGAUAUUGUCUGAUUGGAGAAGGGUCGAUCGUUAGACCUCCUGGAAAGAUGUACAAGGGAUCAUUCACAUUUUAUCCUCUGAGGAUAUCAGAUUUUGUCCAUAUAGGACCUAAUUGCAUUGUAGAAGCAGCUUCGAUAGGUUCAGGUGUGGAGAUAGGGAAGAACUGUAUAAUAGGCAAAUUCGUGAUUAUAAAAGACCUAGCUGUGAUAUUACCUGAUACCGUCUUACCUGAAGGAGAGGUCGUUCCCAGUAUGUCCAUAUGGAGUGGUAAUCCAGGUAAACUUAUCGAUACUUUACCAGAGACAUAUCAAGAAACGAUGGAGGCUAGAUGUAAAUCCUAUUAUCAGAGAUUUAGAGCUGCUUGA